AUGCAAAUGGUGCGCGAUGCAGCUUUUACCGGUCGAGGAGAACAUGCACAAGCUUUCAUGUUUGGGUGGGAUUUAGAUGUGGAUGGAAAACCUGUCGUUGGAAACGGGUCAGACAACAACCCAUUUUUGGUUGGAAUCACAUCUAAAACGCUGUUGGUGCGCCUUGGUCGUGAUCCUGGAACCUACAUUCUUCACGUUGACGCUACGUUCAAAUUGAACCAGGUCUCCUACCCCGUAUUAGUUUUGGGUAUGUCAGACAAGCGGCGGCGGUUUCACUUGACGGCGAUGGUGAUCGUCUCUCAAAUUGUAGAGGACAUGUACACGAAAGCGUUUGCGGCGUUGAAACGUGUAUAUACAGCAGUCACAGGAAAGCGGCUGAUGGUAUACUAUGUUAUGGGAGACGCGUAUGACGCACAGUACAAUGCCAUUGGUAAUACUGUGGGGGAAGGCCAACCGUUUGUGUACCUCAUGUGCUUUUUCCACGUUAUGAAAAAUGUGAACGAUCGAUUGAAAUCAGUGGAGGACAUGUUGGCGAAUCGCGUACGAAAGGAUAUUUACGAUCUUCAUUUCGCUGCGAGCCUUCAGGAUUUCGUGACUAAGGCCUACAACAUUCUGGCUGUUUGGAGAUCCGAUGAAGCCACGAGAAGUUUCGCAGAUUACUUUAACAAAGUAUGGCUUUCCGGGAAAUUUAUUAGGUGGCAAUUGUAA